AUGGUUGACUCGACAUGCGUGGAUGCCGCUGCCCAGCCUCGGGAUGAGGUAGACCUGACGGAUGAGCAGAUUCAACAGCUUCUGCUCGAAGCAGAGGGCCGUCUUCGUGGCCCCGACGUCCAGACCACCAAAGAGCUAGAUGUCGCAUACUUGAGGAUUCCCAAGCUCUCGCCCGGUUCCUCACUGGAACCAUAUGUUCGCCAAAAUGACGAUAUUGCUACCGCGGAAUCGGCCCAGCUCGUCGACCCCAAGCAGAAGAAACUCGCCAACUCCUUGCAUGCUAUUGCUCCUCAACAAAAACCAAGCAAGGAAAAACCCACUGCUGGAGCCGAUUGGUUUGAUCUUCCCAAGACGGAGAUGACGACAGAUUUCAAGAGAGAUCUGCAAUUGCUUCGCAUGCGAUCUGUCCUGGAUCCCAAGCGACACUACAAAAAGGAAAGCAGCAAGGCGAGAGCCCCCGAGUACUCUCAGGUCGGAACGAUUAUCCAGGGUCCGACUGAAUUCUUCAGCGGCCGCAUCGCGAAGAAAGACCGCAAGAAGACUUUCGUUGAGGAAACUAUGGCUAUGGAGCGUCAGACACGGCGCUUUGAGUCGAAAUAUCGUGACAUUCAAGAUACCAAGCAAAGUGGCAAGAAGGCAUAUUACAACAGUCUCCGGGCCAAGCGAAACCGAAAGAACAAGUGA